UAGUGUGUUUUGAGCACAAGAGACUCGUUGCAUUAUUUAUUUCCCAAACACUGAGGGAAAGUCCUGAAGAUGAUGAAGGAAGCGAUGGCAGCACUUCAACUCUGUGUGUUUAUUUUGGCCGUAAAGGUGGCUUUUGGCAAGGUCUGUAUCAGUGAGCAGUUCACAAAAACAGGCGAAUGUUGCAGUAUGUGUCCUGCGGGCUCUGGCUUGGCAACCAACUGCGGCCAGGAAGACACCAAGUGUAAGCCGUGUAAAGAUGGUGUGUCGUUCUCGGACUCUGAGAGUCUUUCAGCCUGUCGACUGUGCGCCCGUUGCCCUUCUGGCAUUCCUGAACUGGCCCGCUGCACGCCCACUCAGGAUACCCAGUGUGACUGCGGUGAGGGUUUCUUCCUGUGGCGGGAUGGUAACAGCACAAACUCGCUGUGCGCGCCCUGCAGCAUGUGUGUGCAUGGAAGUGGAGUGGCUCGGAAAUGUGGUCCGCUGGGAAAUACCGUUUGUGAGCGGUGUAAACCAGGGACUUACUCAAGGGAGAGGAGCGCCUGGAAACCCUGCGUGCCAUGUUCUCGCUGUAGUGACGAAGAGGUGGAGAUCAGAUCCUGCCAGCCGGAUUCUGACACUGUCUGUAUGGUAAAAGACCUCAGCAUCCUGUCCCGGCCAUCUGGUUCUGAUGUGCCGCGGGAAUUCCCCCGAUGGCCGACUCUGAAUGAUGAAACCGAGAACAGGAGCAGCCCAGCACCAGGGUCCGGAUCCCCUCGACUCACACCACAGGAUCAAGGGGGCAACAACAACAUCCUGGUCUACGUGUCUGUACUGGCCGCAGUGGUGCUCGGCCUCCUGCUCUACGUUGCCUACAAAUGCUGGAAGUCAUGUCAGCAGAAGCAGGCUCUGGUGAAAGCACGGGUUGGCGAGUUGAAUAAUGCCGGCGAAGGAGAGAAAUUACACAGCGACAGUGGCGUGUUCCUGGACUGUCAAAGCCUUCAGGAAAGCCAGCCCAGCAAAGGCAGCAAACGGGACAGCAAACAGGACACGCGGCUUUAUGUGAACCUGCCUCCCCACAGGCAGGAGGAGGUAGAGGGGCUUCUCGCAGAGGGGGGCAGUCGGAGCUGGAGGCAGCUGGCCGCCACGCUGGGUUACGAACAGGACCGCGUGGACGUCUUUGGACGGGGCCAGGACCCCAUCCACACCCUCUUAACUGAUUGGGCCCAACAGGAAGGGUCAACGUUGGGCCUGCUCUGCUCCGCUCUGGCUCGCAUCGAGCGGCCGGACAUCAUCACCGCCCUCACCGCCACCUCUCAAGGAGUGUCAGUAGUCUGAAUACUUGAAUAUGUUGCUUACGCCUUCGUGAAAGUGAAAGAGACACUAAAAUAAUAGAGGAAGAGCAAAUGCCUUGCAGCGUGCACUAAGACUUUGAAGAGCAGGAUUGGACAUAAUAAACAUAACGUUUCACUUAUGAAUUUUGUUUCAACAGCUUGAGAUGUUCCGCCACCUCAAAAGAUUUUCUGCUCGAGACAGAUGUUUCCUCCAGGAUUCAUGGGCAGUUUUAAGCUUAAUAAGAUCUUCUUUGUAGUGUCAAAACAAACUCUGUUUUCUCCGAGACAUAUUCGUGCUGAACAAUUUCAUUGUCAGUGUUUUUGGGUGGUUUUGGUUUCAGCUGUGGUUGGUAUCAAAGAACACGGACAUUUCUGAACAUUUCUGCGGCCUCAUGAAUGGCAGUUUUCCAUUUUUGUGGAAUGGCAUCAUAGUAACAAAGAGAGCAUCAUGCUUGCGAUUCAAUCGUGCUUUUAUAUUUCAGUGCUUCUGUCAUUCGAACAACGAUCAACACCGAAGUAUUCAGCUUGUAUACUGUGGUUUGUCAAGGCCAAUGUUACACUGUUUAGGUGUUUAAUGGUUUCCAAAGAGGAAAACCACUAAAUGGGCUGCACAAGGGAGUUUUAUAUUCGAAAAUGUGUAUAUAUACAGUAGGGUUGGGUAUCGAGAAUCGAGUAUCGAUUGGAACCGGGACUAACUUUUCGUUUUUCCCGGAGUCGUUCAAAAGUUAAAAUUUCAAUUCCUAGUUUCGAUAUUCAUAGUCCUCCGAGCGGAAGAAGAAACUGCUGAACAACACCAGCGAAAAAGCAUCUACCGGAAGUGUUGGCAUAACCGCGCGAGUCAAACAUGAGUAGCUUACGUCGGCGGUCCAAAGUGUGGCUUCACUUUUCUAAAAAUUAACGAAAUCUCGGCAAAAUGCAAAAUUUGUGACAAGUAUUUGUGACAGAAGGAGUAUUUCCUUCAGAAAGACUGUUGGUUAGCAAGGUUAGCUAAACUUUUUUGACCCUGCCUCUUAAAAGAAUCGAAAUCGAGAAUCGUAAGGAACCGGAAUCGAAACAAGGAAUCGGAAUCAGAAUCGUUCAAAUUCAAACGAUACCCAACCCUAAUAUACAGUCAAGUUGCCUUAGCGAAUGAUCCUCUUUGAUUUAGACAAAAGAUGUCUCAUUCACAAUGUGCUUGGUUUGCACUUUAAUCAACAAUGCAACCUAAAAGCAAAGUUAUGUUUUGUGUUUUAUGUGAGAGAAAAACUCUGGUGCCUUUGACUUUUAACGCUCAGGUUUGUGCUUUGUUGGUUUUCUCUACCAUGUAUGUAUUUUACGGUCAUUUCUGUGUGUUAGUGCUGAGACUUGAUGGUUUCCGCGCUGAGAGGCUUUUUCAUAUUAAUAACAUCCAUGUUAUGUAUCUAUCUCGUAUGUUUGUCCUUUUUUAAUAAUGAAAUAUUGAUGUUUAGAGGUAUCUUUGUAUUUUUAAAGAAAAUAAAUAAUACAUUGU